UGACUUGCUCUAGGAUAUUAAAAUAUAGAUAAUCAGUUUACUCGUUCUUUCCCACGCAUAGAAUUAUCUACUUAUAAGGGUUAUAGACCAUUUUUUUUGCCCUUUUUAUCUAUAUAUAAAGUUUAGUAUGUUAUUAUCAAAAUCCGUUGCUCUUUCUAUCUUGGCCACUUUAGGGGUCAAUGCAUUGGUUAUUCCAUCCGUUGGUGAUGUUGUCGAUGUCUUUGCUGCUGAAGGUAAGCAACUUGUUGCCGCCGAUAAGAAUGGCGAAGGUAAAGAUGUGGCUUCUGCAGCUUCUGCAAAAGAAAUGGAUGUUAAAUUGGUUGACGAAAAGAAACAAAGUACUCUUUUCUCUACUGAAGCGGUUAGGGAAAUCAUUCCACAUAAAUAUAUCAUUGUGUUGAAGAAUGAUUUAACCGCCGAACAAAUUCAAUACCAUCAAGAAUGGGUUGCUUUACAGCACGUUAACUCUUUGGCUUCCAUUCAAGAUGAUCCUUCUCAUUCGUUCUUUACUGCCACCAAAGAGUUGAACCCCACCUCUUCUUCUGUUGACGUUGGUGGUAUUGUGGAUUCUUUCAGUAUCGAAAACUUGUUAUCUGGUUACUCGGGUUACUUUUUGGAAUCCACCAUUGAUAUGAUUCGUCGUAAUCCUUUGGUUGCCUUUGUUGAAAAAGAUUCUAAGGUUUAUGCUUCUGAAUUUGAUACCCAAAAAGGUGCUCCUUGGGGGUUGGCUAGAGUUUCUCACAGACAACCUUUAAGUUUAAAUUCUUUCAAUCAAUAUCUUUAUGAUACUGAAGGUGGAGAUGGUGUCACCUCUUAUAUCAUUGAUACCGGGGUCAACAUUAAUCAUGAAGAAUUUGGUGGUAGAGCUAAAUGGGGUGCUACCAUUCCUACUGGUGAUAGUGACGUUGAUGGUAAUGGUCACGGGACUCAUUGUGCUGGUACCAUUGGUUCUAAAGCUUAUGGGGUUGCCAAGAAUGCUAACCUUGUGGCCGUCAAAGUCUUAAGAUCAAAUGGUUCUGGUUCCAUGUCAGAUGUUGUUAAAGGGGUUGAAUUUGCCGCUAAAGCUCAUCAAGCUGAAGCUAAAAAGGGUGCUAAAGGCUUCAAAGGUUCUACCGCUAAUAUGUCUCUUGGUGGUGGUAAAUCUCCUGCUUUAGAUUUGGCCGUUAAUGCUGCCGUUAAAGCCGGUAUUCACUUUGCUGUCGCUGCUGGUAAUGAAAAUCAAGAUGCUUGUAAUACCUCUCCUGCAUCCGCCGAAAAUGCUAUCACUGUUGGGGCUUCAACCAUUUCCGAUGCUAGAGCUUAUUUCUCCAAUUACGGUAAAUGUGUUGAUAUUUUUGCUCCUGGUUUGAAUAUCUUGUCUACCUAUAUUGGUUCUGAUACUGCCACCGCUACUUUAUCUGGUACUUCAAUGGCUUCUCCUCAUAUCGCUGGUUUAUUAUCUUAUUAUCUUUCUUUACAACCAGGUGCUGACUCUGAAUUCUUUGUCUCAUCUAAAGGUGUUUCUCCAGAACAAUUGAAGAAAAAUUUGAUUCACUAUGCUACCAAAGACGCUUUAUCGGAUAUCCCUGAUGAUACCGUCAACUUAUUGGCCUUUAACGGUGCUGGUAAGAACUUGACUGAAUUCUGGGGUGUCUCUGAACAAAGCAUUUCUACUGAAAAUAAACAACUGAUUGAUUUUACCAAAUUAGAAAACAAAAUCGAAGGAUUGAUUCAUAAAGCUGAAGCUGAUAGUGAAGGCUUUUUCAAAGAUCUCGAAAACUUUGUUGAAGGGGUCUACAAAUCCAAUUAGGUUGAUGAUUUUUUACGAUAGAGUAUGCAAUCCUGUUUCAGUUCUUGACAUCACUUCUGAAGUCCACUACUUGAGUUGAUCAUAACUUCAAGUUGUCUUUUUGAUAUUUUGUUUCCCUUCUUUGGUUUAUCUGUUUUUCUUUUUUACCUUUUUUA